AUGUUCCUCAGGCGUGUUACUCUUCUAGCUGCUCUUCUUCGUAUCGUGUUGGUCAUAGCUCACGAACCAGAGAACCAGAUUCCUCUAUCUGACUUCGCAGGACGGUUGACUCAAGCAGAAGAGUCUCUCGAUGCGAAGUCGUGGCUGAAGAAAUAUGGAAAGCAGAUUGACCAGGUCUUCUCUGGGCCGCUUUCUUUCUCCCAUUUACCUUACAGCCUCUGUCUGGAAGACACCGCGGCAGAAUUUGACAUUGCCGUGCUGGGUAUGCCCUUUGAUACGGGAGUCACCUACCGCCCGGGGGCACGGUUUGGGCCUUAUGCCAUUCGCUCUGGCAGUAGGAGGCAGCGAGAAGCGCGGGGUUACACACUGGCGUGGAAGGUCAAUCCGUACGAGCUGGGUUCUAAGAUCAUAGAUUGCGGUGAUGUUCCUGUUAGCCCCUUUGAUAAUGCUCUGGCCGUAGAUCAGAUGGAGGUCGCGUACUCCAGUUUGCUCGCCAGGCCUGUGGGGAGGGGAGAUGAUGUACGCGUACCUGCUGUACGCACAUUUGCGAAGGAUGGCAAAGAGCAUCCUCGUAUUAUCACACUUGGAGGGGAUCACACUAUCGUCCUUCCCAUCCUCCGUUCGCUGAACAAGAUUUACGGACCCGUGUCUGUGAUCCACUUUGAUGCGCACUUGGAUACGUGGGCCUCGUAUCCGGGCCAAAAUACAGAACAGUCUCGUGUUACUCACGGCACUUUCUUUUACCUUGCGCAAGAAGAAGGAUUGAUGACCAACACUAGCAUUCAUGCUGGAAUUCGGUGCAAGCUAGCGGGCACUAGUGACCUUGAAAACGACGAAUCCGUUGGUUUCCAGCUAAUAUCCACGGAUGAUAUCGACGAUAUAGGAAUCACGGAGAUUAUCAAACGGAUCCGUUCGCGCAUUGGGGAAUCCCCCGUCUACCUCAGUUUAGACAUCGAUGUCAUUGAUCCUGGCCUUGCCCCUGCGACUGGGACACCUGAAGCAGGUGGAUGGACGACGCGCGAAGUGAAGCGCAUCAUUCGUGGCCUUGCUGGGCUCAAUUUUGUCGGGGCAGAUAUUGUAGAGGUUGCGCCAGCGUAUGAUAAUGCUGAGAUAACGGCGAUCGCGGCCGCUGACAUUGUCCACGAUUUCCUGUCGAUGUUUUUGACACAAGGUCCACCCAAGACUCCAGCGGAACCCACCUCGUCCAGGGAUGAGUUGUAG